UCUCAUCAUUCUCAGCGGUAGGUGUUAUAUAACAAUUACUAUGGUUGUUGAAAUACUGAAUAUAAAUGGGUUUGCUUGCAAAAUCUCCGCAGGAGAAGUCACAGGUAACAGCUAGUACUAUAUAAAUUGAUCAAGACAACAAAAUUUUGUGCACUUGUAAGUAAUUUAUGCUCCAGAUAUUGCAAGUGAUGUUUUAUAGUUAGAUAGCAAAGUGGACAAUUUUAUUGACUGUUUUAUUUAUGUGAAAGGUCCAGUUUAAUGCCCAAUCAAAGAAUAUAUCCCAGUAUUAUAUCCAAAGAAUAUAUCAAGUGUUUCAUUCAUUUUUUACUGUAUGUUUCUUAUUUUGUUAUUGUUAAUGUACAGACAAAAUGAUCUGCUUAGAUUUUUAGUGCAAACAAGGACUCACAUUUGUUAUAAUUUGUAGGGUUUGUUUUCUGAACUCCAGUUAGAUACAUACUUGAUGAUUUCAUUUUACAAAGAUUACAGAUCAACCAUUGAGCAUAUCGCCUUCAGUUUUUACACCUUCAGAAUGGAAACAUAUUGAGUAGUAUUUCUUGUAUUGCUAUGAUCUCUGUAUAGCUUGAGUAUCUUGUACAAAUAGUGUUUGCUGCUUGAAUGCCAAAAAUGUGAGGGAGCUGAAAAGGGAGAAAAUUGUUAAUUCCCUAUCAGAAACAAUAAAGGGGCUUUUUCACAUGUAGGUGGUGGUGACAGAGGCACAGAUAUGAAGCAUAUUUUACAAGAGAAAACCAUUUAUUUUAAACUAAGAAGGUUGCUUACAUCAGUGAAUGCUAAAUUGUUCAGUGAGCAUUAAUGUUUGUUCUGAAAUUUGUUUUACUUGAUGUAUAUCUUCCAGUGAGGAGAGUUGAGAUGACAGUCCUGGGGCAGUGACAAGAUGUCAAUCAUUGGAAUGAAUCUCGAAAGUAGAGUUGCACGGAAUAGAGAGGGGAAAUCAUCAGUAAUUGGGAGCGAUAAUGAUUUCACUUUGGCGACCCAGAAUCACUGCAUGACACAGGUUUAGAAGUACUACCUGUUUGUUGAUGUUCAGACUUUGUGCACACCUGUCUUUUAAAGUUUGGAAGUUUUAUAUAACUCAUUCCACAAAACUCUCCUCCUAUGGGUUUCAAGAUUUACUUGUUGUUUUUUGAUUGGUUCUGUCCUGUCUCCCAUUUCCAGGUGAAAUAAGAUUGAUUUGAGUCCCAGGAAAAAGGUCUACCCAAGAUGAUCUCAUCCAACACCUUUUUCAGAUGUAUGUUAGAGAUGUUGUUAGAACUAGGAAACCUGCACUUGCAAUUUUAGCUUAUUAUUCUGUUUCCUUUUGAUUUAAUUUAACUCCAUUUAUAGCAUGCAAGUGCUGGUGUCAAAGUUCUGACUCUGUCUUAAUACCAAUCUGUAACUUAAUAUGUGUCUGAGUCACAUUCGGGACUCGCUUGUUUCUUUACAAAAAAAAAUAGUUUCUACAUGUAAUAUUUUUCUUACAUUCAUUCUUUAAAACAAUAAUUUUUAUUGCAAAUUUUGUGACAGCUCAGACCCAUCCAGGACCUCACAAAAGUGUUGUAGUAAUAGUACUAAUUUUUUUCAGAAAUGUUUUAUGCAUGUCCUGAAAUGUUGCUAUGCCAGAUUUUGUUGCAUUUGGACUUCUAAAUACUUCUCUAAAAGCAUUGAAUAGAGCAACUGGAAAAAAAAGGAAAAUAAAAUGCAUGAUUGAAAUAUCAGGUCAUGAUGGUACAUUAUAUGAAGCUGAAGAAAUGUUGACAAAAUCCAUUACAACACACAAAUGCAGAAAAUUCUUUUCUUGUAAUGAUUGUAAUGCAAAGUAUUCCCACCAAACUAAUUUGCGUAGACAUCAACGGAUGGUUCAUGAUGCAGUUCAAAGAGUUUAUAUAUGUAAAGUUUGUAACAAGUGGUUUAAACGAGUGGAUACUCUUCGUGUCCAUGAACGAACUAUACAUGGAAAUUUAUAAAUGACAUUGGCAAUCCAGAUAUAAAAC